AGUACGCUCCUUGUUUUGCAGUGAAGUCAAACCGAGUCCAAACCAUAGACGUCCAAACGAGUUGACAGUUUACGGACGCAACGUGCUUCCAUUAACGGGCGGAUUUAACGGAGAGCUGGACGUAAAACUGCACGAGAGGCGAAGAUGCUUGCGCGAGUUUUUGCAACCAGACUCGGACAUCGAGUAUUUAAGGAAAGCACGCGGACUGUCGGGCUGGGUGUAACGGGGCGCCAGGACAGACACGCUUCCACAGAGGUGGUGUUGAAGAAGACCGGGUUGCAUGACUUCCACAGGGCUCAGGGUGGUAAGAUGGUGGAGUUUGCCGGGUGGAGUAUGCCAGUGCAGUACAAAGACAGCCACAUUACCUCUCACAUGCACACACGCCAGCACUGCUCCAUCUUUGAUGUCAGUCACAUGCUGCAGACUAAAGUCUAUGGGAGAGACAGAGUGAAGUUUAUAGAGUCUCUGAUUGUUGGAGACAUUGCUGAAUUAAAAGACAACCAGGGCACUCUCUCCCUUUUCACUAACACUAAAGGAGGAAUCAUGGACGAUCUAAUUGUGACCAAGACGGAUCAAGGGUACCUGUAUGUUGUGUCCAAUGCUGGCUGCGCAGACAAAGACUCUGCUCAUAUGCAGGCCAAACUGCAAGAAUUUAAAUCAGCGGGUCAUGAUGUAGACUUGGAGUUUAUGGAAGAAAGUUUGAUUGCUUUGCAGGGUCCAUCAAUGGCUCAGGUUUUGCAAAAAGGUGUGUCUGAUGACCUUAGUAAGCUGACCUUCAUGACCAGUGUUUUGACCCCAGUGUUUGGCAUUCAGGGCUGCAGGGUCACACGCUGUGGUUAUACAGGGGAGGAUGGAGUUGAGAUAUCAGUACCAAGUUCAGAUGUUGUUUCACUGACUGAAAAGCUGUUAGCUGACAGCGAAGUAAAACUUGCGGGUCUUGGUGCCAGGGACAGUCUGAGGCUGGAGGCGGGGCUUUGUCUGUAUGGCAAUGACAUUGACGAGACCACCACACCUGUGGAAGCAGGUCUUAUCUGGACAAUAGGUAAGCGUCGUCGUCAGGCACGAGAUUUCCCUGGUGCUGACAUCAUUGCACCACAAAUAAAGGCAAAGACUCAGAGAAAAAGAGUGGGACUGAUCUCCACCGGACCACCUGUCAGACAACACACACCCAUACUCUCCUAUGAUGGCAAGGUUAUAGGUGAGGUCACCAGCGGAUGCCCCUCCCCCUGCUUGAAACAAAACAUUGCCAUGGGAUAUGUGGAUGCUGGCUUCAGUAAAGUGGGUACACCAAUCCAGGUGGAAGUGAGGAAAAAAGCAAUACCAGCUGUGGUCAGCAAGAUGCCAUUUGUGCCAACCAAGUACUACAUGGGGCAGUAGACCUAUAGACAAUAAACUGAAUAAUCCGUCAGUGUUUGUUGGACAGUCAGUCAUAGACCUGCUUGCAUAUGGUAUUUAACAGUGAAUGGCAGUGCCUCUGGAUUUUCAGACCAAAACUCGUGUGAAUAAAGUGAUGCAACAUUCCAUACAAUUGCACACUUUAAACGGUUACACAUGGUGUAAUUGAAAAUGGUGUAAUUGAAAGUAAAAUAUAUUCCAGAAAAGUUUUACUUCCUGUAAGACUUCCAGAACAUUGUGGUCAAAUCAAAUACAGUCAGAAUUUUUUUACAUGGGAUUUGACCAUUUGCUAUUUGAGUGUGCUUUUUAUAAUCUUUGUACAUUAACAUAGAGCACUUUUGUGUGAAUGUGGGAAGGUGACAUCUGUUUUAAAAUAACUUUAGGCGUUAACCACUUUUCUAAUUCAUUAUUUAACUGCUUCAUUGUUAGUUCUCCCUGUGUGGCAAUAAGAAAAUUAACAGAAUUAAUCUGAAUGAGAUGAACAAUUUAAAAAAGAGACAAAUUUAUCAGGAGUCAUAUAUUAUAUAAUAGAAAUAGUUUAUUGAUAAAAAAAUCUUUCAUUUAUCACUGUGAAGUCUUUCUGUCCGAAAGAACAUAUCCACUUCUGUUUCUUUUUGAUACAUGGUUAAAUAAUUUUCUUUUCUAUCCUUUUGUAAAUCUUUACAUGAAUGGUAGUUAUUUAGGUACAAAUAUUUCAUAGCAAUUUAUACCUAACUGUGUUUUUUGUCAAAUCAAUUUGGCAUGGUUUGUAUUUGUAAUUACCCAAAGUAUUUUGAAGAGUGUUACGUAAUAAAUGUAGAAUUAUGAAUAA